GACGGAAACCAUUGAUGGAGCUCACAGAUGGAAGAGAUGUGAGAAAGUUUUUGGCGUAUAAUGUCUUUGGUGUUGUUUAUUUUGAGCCUGGACUGUGUCGUCGUAUUGUCAAAUGUCAGUGGCUGUGUAUGACAGUGGUGUGUCGAGUAAUACGUGAAACUUGUCUUAGUUUAUAGCAUACAGUCACAUAUAGACAACAAUGGAGCGUCAUAAAUUGUGUUUACUGGUCGUCAAUAUAUACUUCAUUACACUUGCACAUUUGCCUUGUAAUAUUUUAGAGCAGGCACUAAGAUCAGUUCUUUUGAUGUCACUGAACAGUACCAUCACCACUUGGUGAGAUAAUUCACAGCAUCAGCAAAGGGACAUCUGCACAGUCUUUCUUUCAUGAAGUAAUAGAACUUUAAACAACAUGUUGAAAGGUAAUUGCUAUUUUGUGACAUUGUCACACAAUGGUCCUGUUGUACUGGGUGCAAAUAUAACAUUCAAGGCAGAGUUGUUUGAUGUACUGGGUGAUGCUCCAUCUGGGACGUUCUUGUUCCUCUGGCGUGAUAAUGCCUUACCCCAGCACCAGUCAAGUAGCACAGGUCACGACACUGUUAGAUACUGGAAUGUGUCAUACCCUUCUCCUGUGUACGCUCCAGGCCCAUAUGAAGUGCAAGUAAUAGUAGAGAGAGUAGCACUAAUAGUGUGGCACAUCUGCAGUCAGAGAAUAAUGUUUAAUGUAACAGAGCUACUGAAUGGCAAGAUGAACAUGUCACAGCCAGGGAAUGCAGACAUCAGUUCUGUUGUGUCUAGUUCACAAGAAGUUGAACACACUGUUGAGCUUUCUGCUCCAGACAGAGAUUAUGUAUUGAGUAAUAACAGACACACACUUACCUAUUGGUUUGUUGACUGUAUCUACUAUGGCCACUCUACAGAUUUCAAGUUUCACUACAAUUAUUCACAACCUGGAGUUGAGCACGAUGUGGAGGCACUAGUUGUUUCUUCACCGGACAUCCCUGUGCCGACAACAACAGCAAAUCCGAUAACUACAGUAAGCUCGUCAACUACAGCAGGGUCUGCCACAACUGAUGCAACAACAAUACCUGUAAAUGCAACAUCGCAUUUGCCAGUGAGCCCUCCCGUUACACCAGUGCCACUGUCAGUCACUAAUAGCACAACUUCUCCAAUUAAUGGAUCAGUCGUUGCUCCAUAUGUGUGCCUCAAUUCGUCUAUAAUACCGCCUGAUCCAAAUAAAACAUAUGGCUAUUUUUAUAAACACAUAACUGUCAAAGCACCAGUUCAGAGUGUCUCGUUCACUGGAAAUAAUUGGUUACAACAUGGUGAUGUGCUGAAUCUGACAGUCUCUUGUAGUGGCUCUUCUAAUUUCAGUUAUUGCCGUUACAUAUAUUCGGGAGUAUAUAAUGCCACUGGUGAAGAAACAUGUAUGACAUCAAGAAUUUUGGACACCUGUAAAUUCACAGUUACACAUUAUUUCUCUGAGUCAGGAACUUACACUAUUGUACUGAUCAUUAGCAAUGAUGUGUCAAAAAUCAUCAAGCCUGUAGCUAUUAAUGUCUAUGAAGUAACAAAACAACCUCAGCUCUCAGUCAUCAUAGUGCCUGUGUCAUGCAGUUUGGUAGCCGUAAUAAUAAUUGUUUUUGGAAUAGCGUACUACAUUCAGAGUCAGAACAGAUAUACAAUAGAAGUAGCUGAUUUUGAUUUUGGACAAGCAAGUGAUAUGGAAUACAGGACAUUCACUGAACGGCUGCAGCAAGGAAUCAGUAAUGCAUUCACUCGAUCAACUGAAUAUUCUACACCCUCACAGCAAACUAUGGGAUCUUCAAGCAAUAAAUAUUCCAAUAUGAAUUAACUUUUACCUCAUGAAAGAUGAUGAUGAAGACUGAUAAUUAAGUAAGGUAUGAAACCUGUGAAAAUUUUUAGACUGACAGUGGUGGUUGUAAAUUUAAGUACACUGGAUUAUUACUACACACACAAGUGAUUGUGUGCUGAAGGAAUAAUCUUCCUCUGUGUGAAUACUGAAAACCAAAGUGUUUACUGUGUGUCAUGUGAGUCAUUGGAUUUAUGUAGGAAAAUAUGGCAGGGCUUAUGUGGCUUAUGUUUCCUUGACUGUGUUGUAAUAAUAUUUUUAAUGAACUACUGUUAAGAUUUGUAACGAAAAGUUCUAUUAGUGACCUAAUUUAGAAAAAGAACUCAGAAUAUGUGGCGUUGAUUAGGCUGUGCUGUGUAUAUAAUGUGUUAUACAGUAUUACCACCAAAAUAAAAACAUGUUAUGUA